AUGUUGCUGGCGAAAAAUAAAAAUUUAGUUCCGAGCGUCUCUAGUUCUCCUUCAACUAGUCGUGGCCCUUCGUCGUCAUCGCAGGUGCGCUUGCCUGACGUAAAACUUCCGGUCUUUAGUGGGAAUUUGGAUAGCUGGUUAAAUUUCCACGAUUUAUUCGUUUCGCUGGUCCAUUCUUCGGUAGAACUUUCCAACAUACAGAAGUUUUACUAUUUGCGUUCGUCAUUGUCGGGUGACGCUUUGAAGCUAAUUCAAACCAUUCCACUCAGCGCAAACAAUUACGUGGUGGCUUGGAAUUUGCUGAUCGAACAUUUUCAAAACCCUGCGCGGUUAAAGCAGUCAUAUGUCGAUGCGUUGUUCGAGUUCCCUUCGCUGAAAAAAGAGUCUGCUUCUGAGUUGCAUUCACUGGUGGAGAAAUUCGAGGCCAACGUCAAGGUUCUUCAGCAGUUGGGGGAGAUGGUCCAAUGCUGGGACAUUCUGCUGAUUCGGAUGCUGAGUAUUCGCCUCGAUCCGACGACGAGAAGGGACUGGGAGGAAUUUUCAACGACGAAGGAUGCCAUCUCGUUCAAGGACUUGACCUCAUUCAUCCAACGUAGGGUCACCGUUCUGCAGAACAUCCAGGGCAGUACGGUAGAUGUCCCUUUUUCCGGCCAAGCGAAAAAGUCUUCUCAACGACCAGUCGCAAGUAACAAUGCAGCACAGUUCAACACAAGGAAGUGCAUCGUCUGCAACAACCAUCAUCCACUCUACCAAUGCUCGACGUUUUCCAAGAUGAGUUCGGAGGAUAAGAAGAAGGAAGUUCGUCGCAAUCAUCUCUGUCGGAACUGCUUGCGGAAGGGUCAUCAAGCGAAGGACUGUUCGUCAACGAGUACCUGCCGCAAGUGUCGGGGCAAGCAUCAUACUCAGCUUUGUUCCAGUCAACAACCAACCAGCUCAGGUCAGAAGACAACCAACUACACAGAUAAAAGGUCUACGCCUGCUGCAUCUACCAGCAAUCCACCCACUGCAUCUGUGUCAGCCACCAUCGAGCCUGCCAGUUUCGCUUCCUGGAAGCGAGCACACAGCACGUUGCUAGAUUCCGGUAGCGAAUGCUGUUUCGUUACCGAAUCAUUCUCCCAGCGACUCAAAGCGCAACGGAAGAAGGUCCAUCUUCCGAUAGCUGGCAUCGGUCAAUCGUCGACGCAUGCUAGGCACAAAUUGUCAACCACAAUUCGCUCUCGCACAGGAAGGUAUUCGACUAGCUUGGAAUUUCUAGUUCUUCCCAAAAUUACCAUCGAUCUGCCGUCGACUUCUGUUGAUACUUCGGCCUGGGAGAUUCCGCCGAGUAUACAGCUAGCUGAUCCGUCAUUCUGCAGCACCAACCCAAUCGAUCUCAUCUUGGGAGCAGAAAUUUCCUUCGACUUAUUCAAGGUCUCUGGUCGAAUUCCGCUUGGCGAUAACCUUCCGGUACUCGUGAACUCCGUUCUUGGCUGGGUAGUGUCGGGAAGGUCUUCUCAUGGUCAACCGAUUGCUCCAAUCGUCGCAAAUGUCGCCACCGUCAACGACGUGCACAGUCUAAUGGAAAGGUUUUGGUCCAUCGAGGAAGACAACGCCUCUCCGUGCUAUUCCGUCGAAGAAGCCGCCUGCGAGGAACACUUCCGUCGCAUGGUAACCCGCAACACCGAAGGGCGAUACAUAGUUCGACUGCCACUGAAGCAAGAUGUGUUGUCUAGCCUCGUCGACAACCGUCGCACCGCUCUACGACGUUUUGACCAGCUAGAAGGUCGUCUAGUCUGUCGAGGAAUACCACGCGCUAGGGCACAUGCAUCGCUGCGCGAAGAUAGCACGACGACCAAACUGAGGGUAGUUUUUGAUGCGUCGUGUAAAACCCCCAACGGACCAUCGCUGAACGACGCGCUUCUAGUUGGACCAACCGUGCAAGAAGACCUGCGAUCAAUUAUCAUGCGAAACCGAACACACCCAGUCAUGCUGAUCGCCGACAUCAAGCAGAUGUACCGCCAAGUCCUGGUAGACGAGCAGGACACUCCACUGCAACGAAUUGUCUGGCGAGUUUCCCCCGACACUUCGAUGGAAACCUUUGAACUAAAGACCGUAACAUACGGCACAGCCAGCGCACCAUACCUUGCAACGAGAGUUCUCCAGCAACUAGCCGACGACGAACGCGACGAGUACCCUAAAGCAGCUGAAGUUCUACGCAAGGAUUUCUACGUCGACGAUCUGUUUUCCGGUGGAGGCAACGUAGCAGAAACAAUCGCUUUACGCAAGCAGCUCGACGCAUUGUUGCUCAAGGGUGGAUUCGAACUCCGCAAAUGGGCGUCCAACGAACAAGCAGUACUACAGGAUAUCCCAGCAGAAAAUCGUGCUGUACAAGGGUCAGUCGACUUAGACCGAGAUCCGUGCAUAAAAACGCUUGGACUGCACUGGGAACCGUCCACCGACCAGCUCCGCUACAAAAUUCAGCUUCCUCAGCCAACAACAGAUGCACCGCUUACGAAACGCAUCGCACUGUCAUAUAUCGCACGUUUGUUUGAUCCGCUUGGACUUGUCGGACCCGUCGUAACUACCGCCAAAAUGUUCAUGCAGACACUCUGGACCUUGAAGGACGACGACGGCAAGAUUUGGAGCUGGGACAACGAACUACCGACCGCCAUCAAAGAACGCUGGCAAGAGUACCAAUCGCAACUCCAUCGGCUGAACGAUUUGCGCAUCGACCGUUGCAUUCUUCUCGUCAAUCCCGUAUCAGUCCAGCUGCAUUUCUUCUCCGACGCUUCGGAACACGCAUACGGCUCGUGUGUCUACGUCCGCUCGACAGAUGCCUCUAGUGCAGUCAAAGUUUGUCUGCUGACUGCGAAAUUGAAGGUCGCACCCCUGAAAAAACAAAGCAUUCCCCGACUCGAGCUCUGCGGUGCCCUUCUGUCUGAACUCUACGAGAAGGUGACGUCAUCGCUCCAAAUACACACUGAAACGUUCUUUUGGGUCGAUUCUACCAUCGUGCUGAGUUGGCUAAAUUCUUCUCCGUCGACCUGGACAACGUUCGUGGCCAAUCGAGUCUCCAAGAUUCAGACCGCCACGCAAAACUGCUCUUGGAACCACGUAGCAGGCCAGCAAAACCCAGCAGACCACAUUUCCAGAGGAAUACCCGCAGAAACCCUUCUACAAAACGAUCUUUGGUGGCAAGGAUCUCAAUGGCUGCAGAGCGACCAACGCGACUGGCCAAUUCAACAACCGAACGCUAAUCAGCCUCCCGAAGUCCUCAUGGAAGCACGAAAAGUACCAGCAGUACAUAUGGUCCGAGUAGCCGCUUACUGUCGACGAUUUCUUCAGAACUGUCGGAAAACUUCUACAGCACGAGCGGAAUCAGCACAUCUCACAGUCGACGAGCAGAAGGAAGAAGAAGCGACGAUCAUCAGACUCAUCCAACAGCAAAGCUUCAGCAACGAGUACAAGGCCCUCCAACAAGUACAAACUGUAUCCGCAAAAUCUCGCAUCCGUUGGUUUCAUCCCUUUAUCGGCGCAGAUAAGGUGAUUAGCAUCGGCGGUAGAUUGGGGAAGGCCAAUCAGCAGUACGACAGCAAACAUCAGAUUCUUCUUCCGGCUUCUCAUCACUUCUCCGUCCUACUCGUUCGCCACUAUCACGAGAAGAAUUUACACGCAGCACCCCAACUUCUGCUUAACCUUCUUCGCUUACGAUACUGA